AUGGGCCACACCCACAGACCCACAGGUCCACAGGUGGACCCGGAAGGAGACUGUGGGGCCUGUCCUCGUCCUCUGCUGCUCCCUGGCUGGAGCUCCACGCUGGGCGAAGCGGGGCGCCGAGGCGGCCGGAGGAAGCCGGGUGCCCGGCGCGGGCGCCAUGUGAGCGGCGGCGGCUCCCACCUGGCGCCGCACCUGGGGGGGCGCCGCGCGCCCGGGGCCCGCGGGGAGAAUGCGCGCCGCCCGCGCCGCCCGCACCUGACCAUGGCGUGCGCCCUCCUGCUCGCCGCCGGCGCCCUCGCCGCCCUGGGCUGCGGCCCGCGCGGAGGCUCCGCGGGACUGGGGCGCCUGGCCCAGGCAGGUGCCCCCCUCCCACCCCCGGGGGCGGUGGGGACGGCGCUGCAGCGGGGCUGCCUGGGCUGUGCCUGGGUCGCCGCGGCCCGAGCCGGUGACAGCGGCGGCGGCGGCCACGGCGGCUUCGAGGAUGAUUACGUCUUUGUCACGCCCGUGGAAGUGGACUCGGGCGGGUCUUACAUUUCGCAUGACAUUUUGCACAGCGGCAGGAAAAAGCGAUGGGCGCAGAAUGCCAGGAGCGCCCUGCACUACCGAUUUUCAGCAUUUGGACAGGAACUGCACUUAGAGCUGAAGCCCUCGGCAAUUUUGAGCAGUCACUUUAUUGUUCAGGUACUUGGAAAAGACAGUGCUUCAGAGACUUGGGAACCUACGGGGCAGCAAUGUUUCUAUCAGGGAUUUAUCAGAAAUGACAGCUUCUCCUCUGUUGCUGUGUCUACCUGCGCUGGCUUGUCAGGUCUGAUAAAGACGCGCAAAACCGAAUUCCUCAUCUCACCGUUACCUCAGCUGCUGGCCCAGGCUCAUAACUACAGCUCCCCCGCGGGCCACCAGCCCCACGUGCUGUACAAAAGGACGGCCGAGAAGAAGAUCCAGCGGUACCACGGCUACCCCAGCGCUCGCCACAGCCCCCCUGCACCCCAGAGGCAAGAGACAGAGCACCACCGCCACCACCACCACCACCCAAGGUGGCCAAGGCAGCAUUUUUGUGGACGACGCAAGAAAUAUGCCCCUAAGCCUCCUUCAGAGGACACCUACCUAAGGUUUGAUGAGUAUGGGAGCCCGGGGCGGCCCAGAAGAUCCGCUGCAAAGUCGCAGAGGGGCCUCAAUGUGGAAACCCUCGUGGUGGCGGACAAGAAGAUGGUGGAAAAGCACGGCAAGGGAAAUGUCACCACGUACAUCCUCACCGUCAUGAACAUGGUUUCCAGUUUAUUUAAAGAUGGGACUAUUGGCAGUGACAUAAACAUCGUUGUGGUGAGCCUCAUCCUUCUGGAACAGGAACCUGGAGGAUUGUUGAUCAACCACCAUGCAGACCAGUCUCUGAAUAGCUUUUGUCAAUGGCAGUCAGCCCUCGUGGGAAAGAAUGGCAAGAGGCACGACCACGCCAUCCUGCUCACGGGCUUCGAUAUCUGCUCCUGGAAGAAUGAGCCAUGUGACACUCUAGGGUUCGCACCCAUCAGUGGAAUGUGCAGUAAGUACCGGAGUUGUACCAUCAACGAAGACACGGGCCUUGGCCUGGCUUUCACCAUUGCUCACGAGUCAGGGCACAACUUCGGCAUGAUUCACGAUGGCGAGGGCAACCCCUGCAGGAAGGCGGAAGGCAACAUCAUGUCUCCUACGCUGACCGGAAACAACGGGGUGUUUGCGUGGUCUUCAUGCAGCCGACAAUAUCUCAAGAAAUUCCUCAGCACACCUCAGGCUGGAUGUCUAGUGGAUGAACCCAAGCAAACAGGGCAGUAUAAAUAUCCGGACAAACUCCCAGGACAGAUUUAUGAUGCCGACACUCAGUGCAAGUGGCAAUUCGGAGCCAAAGCCAAGUUAUGCAGCCUUGGUUUUGCGAAGGACAUUUGCAAAUCACUCUGGUGCCACCGCGUGGGCCACAGGUGCGAGACCAAAUUUAUGCCUGCAGCCGAAGGGACCAUGUGUGGCUUGAGUAUGUGGUGCCGGCAAGGUGAAUGCGUAAAGGUUGGGGAACUGGGGCCCCCGCCGGUCCAUGGUCAGUGGUCCCCCUGGUCGAAGUGGUCAGAAUGUUCUCGAACUUGUGGUGGAGGAGUCAAGUAUCAAGAGAGGCAUUGCAAUAACCCCAAGCCUCAGUAUGGUGGCAAGUUCUGCCCUGGAUCCAACCGUAUUUAUAAACUGUGCAACGUUAACCCUUGCCACGAAAACAGCUUGGAUUUUCGAGCCCAGCAGUGUGCAGAAUACAACAACAAGCCUUUCCGUGGAUGGUUCUACAAGUGGAAACCCUACACGAAAGUGGAAGAGGAAGACCGGUGUAAACUCUACUGCAAGGCUGAAAACUUUGAAUUUUUCUUUGCAAUGUCUGGCAAGGUGAAAGACGGGACUCCCUGCUCCUCACACAAAAAUGAUGUCUGUAUUGAUGGGAUUUGUGAACCCGUGGGAUGCGACCAUGAACUUGGCUCUAAAGCAGUGGCAGAUGCCUGUGGUGUUUGCAAAGGUGAUAAUUCGACUUGCAAGUUUUACAAAGGCCUGUAUCGCAACCAGUACAAAGCGAACGAAUAUUACCCAGUGGUCAUCAUUCCAGCCGGGGCCAGAAGCAUCGAGAUCCAGGAGCUCCAGGUAUCCUCAAGUUACCUGGCGGUGCGAAGCCUCAGUCGGAAGUAUUACCUCACGGGGAGCUGGAGCAUGGACUGGCCUGGGGAGUUCCCGUUUGCGGGGACCGUGUUUGAAUACCAGCGCUCCGUGAACCGCCCGGAGCGUCUCUAUGCACCGGGACCCACCAACGAGACGCUGGUUUUUGAAAUACUGAUGCAAGGCAAAAAUCCGGGCAUAGCCUGGAAGUAUGCCCUUCCCAAGACCCUGAAUGGAACUCAGCCGGCCACAAAGAGACCCCAUCAUGCCUGGAGCACUGUGCUGUCGGAGUGCUCUGUCUCCUGCGGUGGAGGUUACAUAAGCAUAAAGGCCAUUUGCCUCCGUGAUCAAAGUACUCAAGUCAAUUCCUCGUUCUGCAAUGGAAGAACCAAACCAGCAACCGAGCCCAAACUCUGCAAUACUUUCUCCUGCCCAGCCUAUUGGAUGCCGGGAGAAUGGAGUGCGUGCAGCAAGUCGUGCGCGGGGGGCCAGCAGAGCAGGAAGAUCCAGUGUGUGCAGAAGAGACCUUUCCAGAAGGAGGAGGAGGCAGUGCUACACUCCCUCUGCCCCGUGAGCACGCCCACGCAGGUUCAAGUCUGCAACAGCCACGCCUGCCCUCCAGAGUGGAGCCUGGGGCCCUGGUCUCAGUGUUCCAAGACCUGUGGGCGAGGCGUGAGGAGGCGGGAGCUCCUGUGCAAAGGCCCGGCCGCCGAGUCGCUCCCCGAGAGCCUGUGCGCCAGCAGCCCCAGGCCCGAGGCGCAGGAGGGCUGCGUGCUGGGCCGGUGCCCCAAGAACACCCGGCUCCAGUGGGUCCCCUCUGCGUGGAGUGAGUGUUCCACGACCUGUGGUUUGGGUGUGAGGAAGAGAGACCUGAAGUGCAGCGAGAAGACCUUGCAGGGAAAACUGAUCAUGUUCCCGGAGAGAAGAUGCCGUCAUAUGAAGAAACCUAACCUGGACAUGGAAGAAACCUGCAACCGUGGGGCCUGCUCGGUGUACAGAAUGGCCGCGGCCUGGUACUCGUCACCAUGGCAACAGUGCACAGUGACCUGUGGGGGUGGGAUCCAGACCCGAUCCGUCCACUGUGUGCAGCAGGGCCGGCCUUCCUCCAGUUGUCAGCUCCACCAGAAGCCUCCGGGGCUCCGUGCCUGUAACACACACUUCUGUCCAGCUCCUGAGAAGAGAGAUGAUCCAUCUUGUGUGGAUUUCUUCAGUUGGUGUCACCUAGUUCCUCAGCACGGGGUCUGCAACCACAAAUUCUAUGGUAAACAGUGCUGCAAGUCAUGCACAAGAAAGAGCUGACCUUGAUGUUGAGGGCCCCCUCUCCCUGCUUAGGACCAGAGACAUUUACCUGCCCGUCAGUCUCCAGGGAGAUCAGCCAUCUUCCCGACCAAAAGCAAAGCACUGUCAACCAGAUGCUGCAGAACUGGAGAAGGAACAAGAGAGAGAGAGAGAGAGAGAGAGAGAGAGAGAGAGAGAGAGAGAGAGAGAGAGAGAUUGACUCCUCAUUUGAUCCCAAUAAGUACAUGGUACUCUGAAGCACUUGACAAUAGGAAGCGAUGACAAAUCUGACUUUAUGAAAUAGAAAACAAAGACUUUAAUGAAUGGAUUUGCACGGCUCUAUGAAAGAAGAGAUGUGUCACACUGGGUAAGACGUCAAGUUUGCAUUCUGACCAAGUGAGGGACAGGUCUCCCACCCUUGAACUUCAAGUGAUUUCAUGGCAAAGACAUGUUCCAAAGGCCCUGUAAGACUUUAGGGCAAAGACUAAGACUUGGUUCCAUCAUGUGUGGAUGGGAUUCCUUGCUGAACCAUUUACUUGGAGUUCACAGUUUGACCAAAAGAAAACUAUGAACACCCAAACUAGGAGUUCUAUCAGAAGCCAAAUGGUGCUCACAAUGAUGCUUGCUGCUGGACUGGCAAGUUUCACAUUGUUUAUUUAGUGUGUAUGCGUGUGUGUGUGCG